AUUAAAUUUCCUAUAAAAUCUCAAAAUCUGACCGGAACGUUUUUGUCCACUCUGUAUAGAAACAUUAUUGCUCAUCCAGUAUUAGGAAUAUCUGACGUCGAUAUUGUGAAACAGUUUCAAAAUUCGAGAGAAACAUAUUCAUAAAAGUGAAACUCUUCAGCGCCGAUAUGGGCAACAGCAAAUCUUGUCUGUGCUGUAUAUUGGUCAAUGGGGCACCAAUAUUCACAACAAGUCGCACGACGUUCCUCGAGAAUGUAUAAAGUGAAAUGGUUCAGUUUGUAGCGCCGACAUUUUAUCACUAUUGUUCUUUGACAUUUAUUUUUUGACGCUUAAUUUGCAGUUUAUAUAAAUAAUCUUCACAACAUGAGACAAUAAUUUCGCAAAUUUUAAGAUAUAAGUAAAAUAUAUUAAACCUAAGAGAAAACAAUGUCGUUGUCGAAUAUGAUUUAAUGUGACAUAAAUCAAUAUUUUUUUUGUAAUAUCUCUUUUUUUCUUUUUCCUUAUAUACUUUAUAAUCCAUGUAUAUAAUUUUAUAUUAUAUAUAAAUUUUAUAUAAAUUUUAUUAUAUUUUAUAAUAUAUGUAAUUUAUAAAAUUUUUUUCCAUUUUUUAAAAUACAUAGCAAGAACAUUAUACAUUUAUUUCGUUCAUUAUACAUAUAUUUCAUCCUGUAGUUACAAACGCAAUGGUGAAUCUUCCUCGAGGAGGAUGGGAGUGACCAUUCACCGCUCUGCUACCAUGCAUCUGCGGUAUAAAAGCAACGUCCGUUGUCGCGCGCUCAGUUUCAUUCCGGAGUAACCGAUUGCGAAGCAACGCUUUCAACAUGAAGUAUUAUGUUAUAAUACUGGCCGUGUUACUUCUGGCGGGCGUGAUCCUGGCUUAUCCGCAGAAAGACGGGCAAAUCUUCAGCAAUGAGGCGAUACGACAAGCUCAGAAUACCUAUCUCAUCCCUAAGGAUGCGACUAUACAGAAGGUCCAAGAAGGCAUCGAACUGGCCGCUUACGAAUCAAUCCCCGGCGAUCAAAGGAUCAAUCUUUUCGAGAUCUUGGGCGAACAUGUGCCACCCGAAGUGGUGAACAAUCUUCAGACCCAAAUCGAUCAAAUAGGUCGAAAUUAGAUUCCUACAAUCGUCGUCAUCGUCAUCGUCGUGUAAAAAAUAAUCAUGUUCUAUCUCCUAUUCUUCGUACUUGUAAAAAUAUUUAUGAACAUACCGUUUUUGUACUUUGCUUUUGUAUGUCGUAAAAUUUUCUUUUGAUAUGUAGAAUUUUUUUACUUUUCGUAAAUAAAUAUAUAAGGAAAACA